AUGAGACCUUGUGAUAAAAGUUCCCAAUCUCUUGGAGCGCCCUCUCAUGGUCAUGGUCGUGGUCGUGGUGGUCGCCAUCAUCAGUCCUCCUCAAAAAUAUCAAAAAUAUCAGCACCCGGGAAAUCAAUAUCGAAAUUAGUGACGGGUAAUAUUAAUCUUGAUGAUCUCCCUGAAUUUGUAUUACUGGAAAUUCUAUGUCGACUUCCUUCGGAAUUUGCGGUUCAAUGCAUGUGUGUGUCCAAACGUUGGUUCAGUCUCAUUUAUAAUUCUUAUUUUUUUCGUCGUGUCCAAAGUGAUAAACCCAUUACACGCACUGUCAUUGUCCCGGAUACACAGCACGCAAGGACGACAUUCUUUUCUGUGUCGUCGGAGGAGCCUCCUCAUGAGCUGGUGUUCAAAACACCACCACGUGAGUUCUCUCUGAGUUUCCUCCCUUGUUUCCAAGCUGAUUGUGAUUUUUUUAAAGGCGAGCCGUGUGUGGUAGGAACAUAUAAUGACUUAAUUUUGUGUUGUGCAACCACGCAUUAUCAACGUGAUUACUACAUCUGCAAUCCACGCACCAAGCAAUGGGAGGCUCUCCCUCGCCCGCCUCGACGCGGACGCCACAAGAGGGUAAUGGUUGGAUUCAUAUGCGAUCCCAACUACAAGUACAAGAAUGAUCGAAAGCAAGCAGAAGCAGAAAGAUCUAGGAGGACUGUCAAUAUUCAACUUAAUAAUAGUAUUCUUAAUGUUGAGUAUAGGUACAAGGUUGUACGAAUAAUUGAUUAUCAAUGGGAACGUCCCAAUCAUUCCUCCCGUUUCUACAUGGAGAUCUUCUCUUCUGAGACUGGUAAAUGGAGACAGUCACUUGUUUUCAGCCCGCGGAGGUUUUGUUUUACUCGAUUGUCUCCCCACCCUGGGGUUGCUCACAAUGGAAGCUUGUAUUGGUUUACUGAUACUGAUCACUUUAUGGUUGGGCUGGAUCCCUUCACUACUCGUGACCAGAUUUAUAUAAAUGACACUGGUAACUAUUGCUUUCGUUUCAUUGAUGAGCCUGAAGACGAAUCUCGAACAAUGCAUUUCCUAGGUGAGUGUGGAGGAGGGUGUCUGCGGAUGUGCAUGUUGCCUCAUUACUGUGAUCUUAGUGGUAUGAGUGUUUGGGAGUUCGAAGACGACGGUCGUGGUUAUGUUGAUGGUCAAGUCGACGGGCCUGGAAAAUGGUGUUUGGUAGACAAAGUUCGCCUGUUCCAAUUAGUCCCGGAAAAUCCACUCCUCACUAAGUGGGACCGUGAGUCGUCUACAAAAACGGUUAUGGUGCUAGCUUUCGAUCCAAAUAAUAAGGAUGUCUUGUUUCUACAUUUGUUUGGUCGCAUUGUCAUGUACAACAUCCGUGCAAAAACAUUAAAAGAGACCACUUGGACCACUCCAUUCACAACUCUCCUGCUCCGUUGUGCUGGGUUAUCUGUCUUCCCAGCCUUUCCUUUUGUGCUCCCAUGGUGGCCGACACCGAUAAUUACUAGUAGGGGUUGGCGACAAAGAUUCAGCCCUAAUCGUUUAAUUCCUCACACAGCGAAAGUGCAGCAACAUACACCAGUUUCACCAAAGAGGCCAAGGGAAAAUGGACGAAAGGAAGCGGUUGCGACUGCCGCUUCUUCUUCUAGGCGGCCCAGUAAACGGUCUAGAAGGUAA